AUGGCCAGCAGCAUUUCGUCGGUAGCGGCUUCGACGCUUCCAUCGCAGUCCCCGCCAGCUACGGCAGCUUCAGGGAAUGGAGGCAACAGCAGCGCUACCAAAAAGCCCUUCAAGAUCCGAGACGAGUUGCUGGCUCCGACGCGGUUGGCUCCGAAAGUCCAGCUGCUGCACCACACGCGCUCGCUGUCGAUCCAAGUCGUAGCCCACGAGGUUUUCUUGCUGGUUCUUGCGUGCACCAAGUGUUACGCUGCAGCGGGCAAGGAGCCGCCUAGAAUUGGCGUCCUGGGAGGCGGCAGCGUCGGGGCUGCAGUGGUCAUGACGAUCCUGGCCAACGGAUACCGAGCCGACCGGAUCGCGUUGUCGACGCGUCAGCCGGACCGAGUCCCGCGUUGCGAGGCGCUGAAAGCCCCCUCAGCUCUCCCCAUGUUCCAGUUGGUACCUCGGUACUACGACAACACUCGAAUCGCACGAGAGAGCGACGUGUUGGUGUUGUGCAUGCCGCCGUCGCAGCUCAAGAGCGUGAGUAUCCAGAUCCGACACGCGCUAGCUGCCAGUGUGAAGACUCCUCCACUGGUGGUCAGCGCUCUGUGCGGAGUGACGCAGCAGAGUUUGAGCAAGGCCUGUGGCUCUCAAGCCGUGGUGAGGGUCCAACCCGACGUGGCAAAGAUUGCGACUCAUAUCAUGCAAGAUCGACAGCCGCUUCCACUUCGACUGGCGACGGAAGCAAUAGCACCAAAGAGAGAAGAUGUCCGGGACUUGGUACAAGCUUUUUCGCUGUUUUGCCGUCGUGCUUGGGGCGAUGAUAUUGGUCUUGAAGCGCUAACCCACGUGCUCUUCGGAGAUAGAAGUGAACAAGUGGAGCAGGUGCGAGUAAGGACUCCAUUGGUGGUACCAAGUUGGCCGGCCGAGUGGGAGCAGGAUCUGGUCGAAUUGCAGGUGCAAUUAGCACAACAUGCGUCGUUGCCGAGUUGA